UAUUCACUACUCUAUUGGUUUAUCUAACUAUAGUCGUAGACAUCGACAGUAGUUUUGGUUUCAAAGAGAGAGAUAUCACCGCAUAAUUUGAUCCACAAAUCACUUGUUGUUGUUAUUGUUGUGUAUAUCAUCUCUACCACCAAUAAAAAAAUGUCUUCACCGUCAUUGCCAUCGGAUGUCGACUGUCUGGUCAUCGAUUCGGGAAAUUUGUUGACACUGGCGGACAUCAAACGCAAGGUAUCCAUACUUCCCAACGAAGAGUUGGCCAACGGUAUGCUACGAGUGGUCAACAAAUGGCAACAAUCAUCGGGAGCCAGAAUAUCGGGCCGGACAGCAUUUGUGGCCGAUGACAGUAAUCAGGCAAACAGUUUGCUACUGUCCGCCGAUAGACAGUCCUAUCGGAUAACUGUCAAACUGUUUGUCUUUGACGAUGUCUGUUGCGGCGGUUGUGGCGGCGGCGGCGGCACUACUACUGCCGAUUGUCCGUCAUUGGCCAACGGCGUCGACAUAGUUCUCGAUCAGUUAAAGAUCGCGGCAAUCGAUUCGCUGAUCCUAUCGCUGCCGAAUCGGUCGACAAAACUAUCGUUGGACGACAUCAAACCGUUCUGGAGUUGUGCCGAAACAUUCCUCCGCGACGGCCGUACGGCACAGUUAGGUAUUAGCGAUAUGGAUACCAAUCAAUUGAAACAACUGUACGAAUGGUCAGCUAAUAAGCCAUCGACUAAUCACAUCAAUCUCGACGCCUGUUGUGUAAUACCCGAAGAUAUGAGUGCUUUUGCCAAACAAAAUAACAUACAAUUGCUAACACAUAACGACCCGAAAGACUUUUUACCCGAAGAACGAUUCCGUGAGAUAGUUGCCGGCAUUGUCGGCGACGCUGAUGACGGUUGCCAUCAAUGGCGGCGCCAGUGGAUCGCCAGAUAUUCAAUUAUUGUGUCCGGUAAGGGUAUACUACAGAAUAAGGGCUAUAUAUUGGCCGCAAAACGGUGUCCGCAGUAAAAAAAAUUAUCCAAUAUUUUAUAUAUACACGCAAUGGCAAAAACGCUCAGCAAUUUUAUUAUUAUUAUUGUUACCUAUUGUUACAAUUUUUUGUUAUUAUUUUUUAAAAGAUAAUUAUUAGUUAAAAUAGUUAUAAUAUAA